AAAAGCUUUUUUUUUUCACCCUUUUUUUUUUUGUCUGUCUGUCUGAUUGAUUUGAUAUAUUUGUACGUAUAUAAAGACAAUAGAAAAUUUUUAUAAAUUUAAUUGUGUGGAUUAUUUUUAUUUUUCAAUUAAGAACAUUUUGAUUCAAAUCAAUUAUUCCAUUCUUUCCUUAUUUAACCCAUUCAUUCCAUUUCAUCCCUUCUUGAUCUUAUCUGUCAACUGCAAAUCAUUAACUAUCUAACACAAAGUAUAACCUCUGUGCGAAGUUAAUCUUGAAACAUAGUCCCUACUAAAGUAUCACCAAGCCUCAAAUUCCUAAAUUAUUAUAAAAUAUAAUAUUUAGUUAUCCCAACAUCCACAAUUCUUUCAGUUUAUCAAUGAUAACUUAUUCAUCUCAUCUAUUCACUUAAUCGUUAUACAUACACCCUCAUUAUGAAUACUCAAGUUCAUUUAAACCCUACAAAACUAUCGAUAUUAUCGAUACCUCGAGAUAAAUAUUGGAUCUUUAUAAGUUCAAUCUUACAAUUAUUAUAUAAUGAAUCUUCCAAGACUUCAAGUGGAUAUAACACGGAAAUCACCGACGAUGAAGAUGAUUCAGAUGAUGAUAGUAGUGACAUUGAUGAUGAUGUUGUUGUCCAUCAUAAUAAUAAUAAUAAUAAUACUUAUGAUGAUGAAAAUGAUGAAAUAGAUACUAAUGAAAUUGAUGAUGAAAGUGUAUCUACUGAUUCCAAUAUUAAUCGAAAAGAUUCAAUUAAUUCAACUCAAGAUGAUUCUAAUAAAUCUACCCCUCAUCGUCCAUCAGUGGAUAAUUCAAGUAAAGUUAAAUCAAAUGAUUCUUAUGAUAAUCUCAUAUCAAAUACUUCCAGUAAUCCAUCAUCUUCACAUCUCCAUCAUCGUCAUAGAAAUAGUAAUGGUUCACAACUUGAAACUUCAUAUUCUGAUAAUGAAGAUAAUCAAGAUGAAGAAUCAAAUUAUUUCUUUCAUAUCGCUUUAACUCCUUUGGAAUGUACUAUUAUUUGUUCAACUAAAUUAAUGAAAAUUUAUUUCAAAAAUCCUAUAAAGAUUUGUAAAUCAUUAAAUUAUGAUGAUGUAAAAAUCAUUGAUCAAAAUUUCUUAAGUUUACAAGUUGAUAGUGAUGGAAGUUUUGAUAAUAGUUUAAGAAUCUUAGAAUUAACUAAACCUUUAUCCCAAAAUAAUAUCUCAUUGUUUUUUUUAUCAAGUCAUUUUAAUGAUAUUGUUUUAAUUCCAUAUAUAUUUAAAGAAAAAGUAAUUAAUAUCUUAACUAAAAAGAAUUUUGAAUUUUCCGAUAUUUCAAAUAGUUAUAUAAUGACAUCAAAUGAUUAUUCUCCAUUAUCAAUCAAUUCACCCACUUCUCAAGAUAAUCAAGAAUAUAAUAUUGAUAUUGAUGAAGAAUAUGAUUCUAAAAUUUUAGAAAAUAAAACGUUUAAAUUAUUCAAACAAGCAAAUAUUAAACCGAUAAUUAAUCGAAAUGUUAAACUUUUAUUAACAGGAGCAAGAGCUGGUGAAGUUAAUAAUUCAAUUUUAAAAACCGCUAAAAUCUUAUCUAGUUUUGAUUCAAUUCCCGAUUAUUUCGCCAUAACGAGAACUUCCAUCAAUGAAGUAUCAUUAAUUUUACCUAAAUCAACCAAAUUAAGAACCAAAAUGGGGUUCGAUUCAAAAAACAUCAUUGGUUCAACUCAAGAUAUAAUCAUCCCAAUAACGAUUGAUUUUUCAACUUUACCCUUGGAUUCAACUGGGAUUGUAGCUGGGGUGGCAAGUAAAUUAAUUAAUGGGUUAAAAAGUUAUAAUGAUUCCACUAUUGAAAUGAAUUAUUUCUCCAUGGCUAGAUCUGGUAUAAUCAUGAUUCCAAAGGAGAAUAUCUCCGUUAUUUCUCAAAUUUUGAAUAAUAUCGAUUAUGAUGGUGAUAAUUCUAAUUCGGUUGAUAUUCCCAACAUUGAUGCUUUAACCAUUUAAAAAAAAGUCAAAUCAAGUUCAUUUAUUCAAGUUUCAAGUUUCUAUUCAUUUCAUUUUCUGUAUUAUAGUAUAUAUAAUUAAAAUCUCUGUUAUAUUUGUUUCAUUUCUGGUUUUAGGUAUGUUUUCCAUUGUCUUUUUCAUUUUUUGUAUAGCUUUUAUUAUCUAGCUCUUAUGGGAUAAGGUGGGUUUGGUCCACCUUAAAGUUAAAUCAAAAAUCAAAGUAUUCACUCUUAUAUUAUGUUAUUUAAUUGAUUAAACGAUUAAUCUUGUAACUUAUUUGUUGUAGAAAUGCAUUCCAAACAGAAAUAUGAUCAUGGAUGGCAGUUUGUUUAAC